UUUGCCAACUUAUCUGGACAGACUGUUGGGAGGGUGUGGAGCAACACCAAAUUAUUAAAUUUGGUGUUCAAAGCUACCUUAUUUACCAACCUCACCUCUCGCUCCUCUCUCUCUCUCUCUCCCCCUCUGAUCACUUUGUGAUAGUUCUGACAGCCCCACCCCGUCACUGUUGUCCUUUGCACAACCCACCCAAUGACUAAACUACUUCAGUUCAUAACCCGCCCGGCCUUUUAAUAGAAGAAAAAGAAGAAGAAGAAGAAGAGGAGAUAUUGAAACGCAUGCGCUUCCACAUCUCUCUCUGACUAACUCUUUCAUUUAAGUUGCAGUUCUAUGUUUUAUAGGUGCUUCUCAUCAAGACUAGAUAUAGAUAUAUGUAUAUAGUAUAGUACUUGCUGCUGCAGGCCAGGGUAGGCUACUAGACAGAUGGGAAAGAAGGGAGGAUCCUCCUGGUUGACUGCUGUCAAAAGGGCUUUCAGGUCUCCUACUAAAGACCCUGAAAAGAGAAAUCAGCUUGAAGAUGACGAAGAAAAGAAAAGGGAGAAGCGAAGAUGGGUUUUCAGGAAGCCAGCUAGCUGCCAUGAAAAUGCUACUCCUACUCAACAAGCUCUUCUGCCUAAGCACACAAAUAACAGCAUACCCUUACCCACUACUACUGCUUCAGAAGCAGAACAGCAAAGGCAUGCCAUUGCGGUGGCCGCCGCUGAGGCUGCCGUUGCCACUGCUCAGGCAGCCAUGGAAGUUGCUCGUCUUGCCAAGCCUCCUCCCAUUUCUAAUGUUUAUUACUAUGCAAGGGGCAGGGAACAACAUCUUGCUGCCAUUAUAAUUCAAACUGCCUUCAGAGGAUAUCUGGCGAGGCGAGCUCUUAGUGCACUGAAAGGACUAGUAAAGUUGCAAGCUUUGGUAAGAGGUCACAAUGUGAGGAAGCAAGCAAAGAUGACACUGAGAUGUAUGCAAGCUCUGGUUCGAGUACAGUCUCGGAUACUUGACCAGCGCAUCAGGCAAUCCCAUGAAGGAAGCAGAAAUUCAACUUUCAGUGACAGCAACACCCUGUCCAUGUGGGAUCCCCCACGUUAUGUUCAAGACUUUUCUGAUAGGAGAUCAAUGUCUAGAGAUGGAGGUAGUAGCAUCCCAGAUGAUUGGGAUGAACGGUCGCAUACCAUUGAGGAGGUUAAAGCAAUGCUCCAGAGCAGAAAAGAAGCAGCUUUUAGGCGACAAAGAAACUUAUCCCAACAGAUGUGGAGAGGGGGUAAAAAUCCAUCAAUAGGCAGUGAGGAUGAAUUUGGGGAAAGGCAGCUGCAGGAGAGAUGGAUGAUGGGUGCAGCAGCAAAACCAUGGGAUGUCAGGGAAAGUAGAGCUUCAACUGAUCAUCAUCAGAUUGACAACGUUAAAACUGUCGAAAUUGAUACUUCACAACCUUACUCCUAUCUGGCUCCUAGUAAUCUCCGAAGAUCAUCAAAUCAUCAUCAGCAGCAGCAUCAAAAAAGACCAAGUUCACCUCUUCAUAGACCUCACCAAAACCAAUCCUUCCGCUCUCCCGCCACGCCUUCUCCCUCCAGAACAGCUCCUCCUAUGCAGCUGCGCUCUGCCAGUCCCCGCUGUUCCAGAGAAGUAGAAAGAAACAGCUACCAUACAGCUCAAACCCCCAGCCUAAGACCUAAUAACUACUAUUUUAAUAAUAAUGGUGGGUCAUACCAGCAGGCUAGGGGUGCAAAUGUUGCUACAAUAAUGCCAAAUUACAUGGCUGCAACCGAGUCCGCUAAGGCUAGGAUUCGCUCACAAAGUGCUCCCCGGCAGAGGCCAUCGACGCCAGAGAGGGAGCGAAUAGGAAUAGGAUCGGCAAAGAAACGCCUAUCCUUCCCGGUUAAUAAUAAUGCUGCAGGUGAUGAGGGUUAUGGAAUGGGGGGCUAUUUGCAUAACUUGAGGAGCCCGAGCUUCAAGAGCGUGGUGAGUGCAUUUGGAUAUGAGCAGCAGUCUAACUAUUCAUCUUGCUGCGGCACUGAGAGUAUUGGAGGUGGUGGUGAGGUUUCUCCUUGUACUAGUGACCUUAGAAGGUGGCUGAGAUAAUAAGGUAAUAACAGAUUAAGAACAAGCAAACUUAACUACCAAGGGGUGAAUUGAAUUAAACAUUUUCAACUUAAAGCUAGCUAGCUAACUCUUUCUAUAUAAUAUAUUAUAGGUGUUUGGUACUAGAAUUAGUAUUCCUUUAGUUUCUUCAGUUUUGCUGCUAUUCAUGGAUUUGGCCUUGUCUCUUCUUCCUGCUGUUUACACUAUUUAAGAUGUAGUGGAUUGAGUGAGUUGUGUUAGUACCAAAAUUAAUAUAAAUAUAUUAGUUUAGUACAUGA